UGACAUAUGUUUUUGUGUACCUAUAUUCCUCGGGUUUGGUGCCGAAUUUUUUAUUUUGGAUAACAAUUAACAUUACAGAUUUAAAUAAAGCAUUGUGUUUAUCAUCAUUUUAAUUCUAUACUGCCCCAGAAGUGCUAAAUAUUAAAAUUAUGAUUACGAACUUUGAUAAGCUUUGUUUAGAUUUAGAAAAACAGGAGCUUGAGGCCCCUAACGGAGUUACUUCAGCAGCCAAUUAUGCACAAUUACUAGCAAUAUAUUUAUAUCAGAAUGAUCUAUGUAAUGCAAAAUUUCUAUGGAAAAGAAUACCUCAGAACAUAACAUCAAGCAAUCCAGAAUUAGCAGCCGUAUGGACAGUUGGACAGAAAAUGUGGAAAAAAGAUCUGCCGCGAACUUACCAAGCCCUUGCUGCGUACCAUUGGGUUGAACCAGUUGCUACUAUAAUGAGGGCAUUAGAAGAAAAAGUUCGUGAAACAGCAUUCACUUUGAUAGGACGGUCAUACAGUUCCAUUUCUAUAGAGACUGUUGUCUCAAUGACUGGCUUGAGCAAGGAAGCAGUUCUACAAAUAUGCAGGGAUCGAAAGUGGGAGAUAAAUGAUGAUGGGGUCACUGUGAACCCAGCGCCUCCAGUCCAGCCCGCACCAUUGCAUACUUCCAGUGAAGACCAGCUUUUCAAACUCACAGAAUUUGUAUCAUUUUUAGAAAACUAAGCCACUUUAUUUGUAAACAGAUUGUAAGAUGUAACAUCUACACUAGAGGAAAAGACCCUCAAUCAAUGGUUUAUUUUCAUUAGAUUUAUAACAUUGUCUACUUUGCUUUAUCGCACACUGUAGUUUACGUCAUUUGCUUUUAAUUUAAAAAAUUAACAGUCGUUUUGGUAAUACAAAAAGUCAAUGUGGUAAGCAACAAUGCAAUUCAAUAUAAAUUUCAUCUAUAUGAAAAUACAGAGUGAUAUAAACUGAGUCUGAUCAGUCUAGUUGCUCAAAACAUGGAAUAAUUUGAAACUAUGUACAACGGAAGCACAUUGAAAUAUUAAUAAAAUAAAAGAACAACUUUCAAAA